AUUAUGUCACUGCCCCUCUUGUAUUGCUUUAUGGUACCACCCUACACCGAGGUUACUGUCAGUGGAUAUCAAUUGGAUAAGUAAGAGAAUAUGCUUAUAAGUGCAUAUAUCCGCAACAACGUGUAGUACCUAAGACUUGUUAAACUAAAUUAAGCUGGAAAACGGAAACAAUGAGCAAAGAAACACAACAACUGGAAGGUGAAGACAAGGAACUGCUGUCAGCAGAUAAUGAUAUCGUCCAAGAAAAGACUGAAGACAGUUUACAACAGAAUGAACUUGAAGAAUCCCACGGAAAAAGAGAGAAGUGUCAUAUAUCUCGAAGGCGAAAACAGAACCGGAAAUAUGAAGAACAUGAAUCGUCUCACAGAGAAAAAGAUAAAGUCCAAGCAUCUUCUAGAGAACAUGCUGUAGGCAAUAUAUCUUCAAGACAAGAUGAUACAGAACCAUCAAACACAAUAUGGGAUGGGUGUAGGAGAGCCCGAUUUCUUCAUGGACCAUGCCCAGCAAUGCAUUUUGGACCUAAAGCUUGCAUUCUACCAAAUACUUCUUCUGUCAUGCAUAUCCAAGAUCCAUUUAGCCAGAAGCUGACAUGGAACAACCCUCCAGUGAAUGCUCUUGUUAUUAAAAAGAUUCGGGAUGAGAGCCUUCUUGGACCAUUCAAACAGCUGUGCACAUUUCUGAUUGAGGAAAAGAAGUUGUCUGUAUAUGUUGAAAAGAAAGUAGUAGAAGAUAGAGCUCUUGCAAAAGAUGAAGACUUUAAUGAAAUUCGUAAUCAGCUGUGUACUUUUAGGGAAGGUUAUGAUGAUAUCUCAGACUGCAUUGAUUUAAUCAUUUGCCUUGGAGGUGAUGGUACUUUAUUAUAUGCCUCUUCAUUGUUCCAGCAUAGUGUCCCUCCAGUAAUGGCAUUCCAUCUUGGAUCCUUUGGCUUUCUUACACCUUUUAAAUUUGAGACAUACAAGACAGAUGUCAGCAAAGUAAUUGAAGGAAGCGCAGCUAUAAUACUGCGAAGUCGGCUGAAAGUAAAAGUGGUUAAGAAACUGGCAAAUAUUCAGGAGACUGAAAGCCGAUACAAAGUGGAUGAAAAUGGUCUGGUACCACAAAGUUCCAUUGACACAGACAGUGGUAAGAUCAUACUACAGGUACAGGUCUUAAAUGAAGUUGUUGUAGAUCGUGGGCCGUCAUCUUACCUUUCAAAUUUAGACUUGUAUCUUGAUGGACGACUCAUCACAUCUGUACAGGGUGAUGGUGUAAUUGUAUCAACGCCAACCGGUAGCACUGCCUAUGCUGCAGCAGCUGGGGCAUCUAUGAUUCAUCCAAACGUUCCAGCCAUUAUGAUUACACCAAUUUGUCCCCAUUCACUCUCUUUCCGACCUAUUGUGGUGCCAGCAGGAGUAGAGCUUAUGAUAACCUUAGACCCAAGUGCCCGAAAUACAGCUUGGAUAUCUUUUGAUGGUCGGAAGAGACAAGAAAUUCGUCAUGGAGACAGCAUUCAGAUAACAACAUCAUGCUAUCCUUUGCCAUCAAUUUGUUGUCACGAUCUUGUCUAUGACUGGUUUGAAGGCCUUGCAGAAUGUUUGCAUUGGAAUGUCAGAAAAAAGCAAACCAAAUUUACUGAAAUGACUGACUCGUCAGACACAGAUAUUUGAAUGAUAAAUUUCCUUUCAUUACUGUAUGUAGGAAAAACUGUUUUUGUACAACAAAAGUUCACCUUAUGAUACUACUGUGGUGCACUUCCUGUUUUCUUACAGCUGUGAACAGUUUUGGUAAGACGCAACUCUCUUAAUCACUGUUAAUAUGCAUAACUUCAAAGUAGUUGUGGUUGUGGCCCCAGGCAGUCAUUUAUCAGUACAAACAGUGUUGCAUCAUUAAGUUGCGUACAGCUGUCAAAAUAAAGAUAAUUAAUAGUAUAUAGUAAUAAUAAAACCCUUUGUAUACAUACAUGUUCAUUAGCUGAACCAGGGCUAACAUCACUUACUAGCUUGGUGAGUAAAGGCAAAGGGGCCACAAUAUAGAUAUCUUUGCACCUUCAGCUGGGGGCAGCUCCAUGCUUUUCCUCAUCACUUACCUCACCAUUGUUUGAAACUGACUAUUCCAUUUACCCAUUUAUAUCUGAGUGUGUGAAACUGACUAUUCCAUUUAUCUCAAAGUGUGAAACUGACUAUUCCAUUUAUCUCAAAGUGUGAAACUUAAGUAUUCCAUUUAAUCAAAUGUGUCUAAUUGUACAUGUGCUGGUGCCACCACCAUUUUGAAACAUUUUUUCUGGACCCCAUUGUAAACCAAAAUGCUUUCAUCCUCAAAGUCUUAUCUCUGUCUUAAUAAAUACAGUCUGAAAAGCCUUGUA